ACUUUCAAGCCAAGCCAUAUAUCCCCACAAAACCCACCAUUUUCAAUACUAAUCGUCAUAUAAAUUAAUACCCAUGUCUUCUCUUUAUUAAUGUAAAAUCCAACAGGCUUACCAAACCACCAGAACCAAUAAAAGAAUGGACAAAAUCUUCUUUACUUCCUUUGUAUGUCUUCUGAUUUUCGCUAUUGGGACUGCAGAAACCAUUUCGUCUGAGAACAUUGCUGUUUUUGAAGAGCUUGAAAGCUUCAACAUAGAAGAAGGAGAUGAUAUUGAAAAUUUUGAAUUGCCAUUCUGGAAGAGUGAACAUGGUAGCAAGGUUCUUGUGAAUGUUGAUGGUUUUGGAGCAGUUGGAGAUGGAGUUUCUGAUGAUACCCAGGCCUUUGUAAAUGCAUGGAAGCAAGCUUGCACUACACCAAGAUCAGUUUUCUUGGUUCCCAUAGGACGCCGUUAUCUUGUAAAUGCAACAAGAUUUAAAGGGCCAUGUGCUGACACGUUAAUUGUUCAGAUUGAUGGAACAAUCAUAGCACCAGACGAACCAAAAAACUGGGAUCCCAAUUACGCCCGAAUUUGGCUUGAUUUUUCCAAUCUGACAGGAGUCCUUUUCCAGGGGGGUGGAGUUAUUGAUGGUUCAGGCAGUAAAUGGUGGGCAGCUUCUUGCAAAAGGAACAAGUCUAAUCCUUGCAAAGGAGCACCAACUGCAUUAACUAUUGAUUCAAGCUCAGCUGUCAAGGUGAAAGGCCUUACUAUACGAAACAGCCAACAGAUGCAUUUCGUAGUUUCCAAAUCGGUUUCUGUGCGGUUGUCUGAUAUACAAAUUUCUGCUCCAGGAGACAGUCCAAACACCGAUGGGAUCCAUAUUACUGGAUCUACAGAUGUUGUUCUCCAGAACUGUAACAUUGGAACAGGGGAUGACUGCAUCUCGAUCGUCAACGGUAGCUCAAAUAUCAAGAUGAAGACAAUCUAUUGUGGACCCGGUCAUGGAAUUAGCAUAGGAAGCUUAGGGAAGGACAACUCCACAGGCUUAGUCACAAAGGUGGUUUUGGAUACAGCAUUCCUCAGGGAGACCGCCAAUGGCCUCCGAAUUAAGACGUGGCAGGGAGGAUCAGGUUAUGUUCGUUCCGUGCGUUACCAAAAUGUGAGGAUGGAGGAUGUUUCAAAUCCCAUUAUUAUUGACCAAUUCUACUGUGACUCCCCGAUUGCUUGUCAGAACCAGACAUCAGCUGUGCAAAUAAGUCAAAUCAUGUACCGGAACAUCAGUGGGACCUCAAAGAGCGAAAGAGCCAUGAAAUUUGCAUGCAGCGACACCUUUCCAUGCAAAAACAUAAUCCUGAACAACAUCAACCUAGAGAAGAAAGAUGGCACUGUUGAGACAUAUUGCAACUCUGCCACCGGGAUUGGUUACGGAUACAUCCAGCCUUCAGCGGAAUGCCUGACUUCCACCGACAAGGACUUCAUUAUUGAGCAGACUCAAGAGGUUAAGCCUGGAAAAACCAGGAGAGAGAAUCUCAUUCAUACUGAGCUUUGACUUGUCUCUAUAUAGGAUAUGUAAUACUAGAUGACUGUCAUUGAGCUAUAAAAUUAAUGAGUAUAGGUUUAUUUGGUUUAAGAGGGCUACGGUCCUGAUGGGUCUAGGUCAAAUAUCAAUGGUGCUAACAUAUUUCAUAUCCGCGAAGGUCCAGAUGGGUCUAGGUCAAAUAUCUUGAUAACAUAUUUCAUAUAUAGACUGGUGGAAGUGCAAUGUACCAAGUACAGGGGUAAAAAUCACCAGAGUGAGCAGUUAUAUGUAAUUUACUUGAAAGGAAUUACGCAGUAUCACUAAUUAUUUUUAUGUAUUUUGAUAGUUCCAUUUAACAUAUUUCUGUAUCUUAAGUUAAUUGAAGGAGGAAGACAAUACCUUACGAUUUAUCAUCAUGCAGCCAAACUUUUAAAUAACCAUAUAGGAGAAGGAUGAAUCAGUUGUACUGCCAUUUUUCUGUUAACUAUGAUGAGUCACUGACACCCGACCUACCAGUGGGCCAUUGAUGGUGUCUUUCUGAAGGACUCAAUUUGUGAAAGCAAGGCUGGUAGUUUGAGACUCUGAGUUGUCUAUUCACAUUGUAUUUCUCUUUCUCUAAAACAAUGAUAACCAAAUUGUAUA